AUGAGUGAUUGGAAGCUAUUUACUAAGAGUAAGUCUGCUGAAUUGAAAGCAGAACUAGAACAAGCGUUUAAGAAGUCCAAGCCCCAUAAUCGAGUUAAGAUUGUAUUGAAGAAAGUUAUUGCUAAUAUAAUAUUGAAUAAUAAUGAGUUAGUUAAUUUAAUGCCGGAUAUUAUAUUAUUAAUGAAGAUUGAUGAUUUAGAAAUCAGGAAAAUGUGUUUCCAAUAUUUGGUUAAUUAUUGUCAAAUGAAUGUAAAGGAAUCAUUAAAUGCAAUACCAUUUUUAUCGAGAUUUAAAGAUGAUAAUAAUAGCCAAUUGAGAGCAUUAACUAUAAAAACGUUAUCAUCCAUUAAUAUUACUGAAUUUACUGAUUUAGCAUUUAGAAGUGUUAAAAAACUAUUAAGGGAUGAUGAUUUAUACGUUAGAAGAAUGUCGAUUUUUGCAAUUGCAAGAUUAUAUUCAAUUGAUCCAAAUAGAUGUCUUGAUUAUGAAUUAAUUGAAGAUUUAAAUGAAUUGUUAUAUGACUCAAAUCAAAUGAUUGUUUCCAAUGUUUUGGCAGCUUUAGAUGAUAUAACUCAACAUUCUAAGAAUUUAACUUUAACCAUUGAUGAAAGAAAUGUUUAUACAUUAAUUAAAUUCUUAAAUAAAACAAAUGAAUGGAAUCAAAUUUAUAUUUUAAAUUCAUUAAUGUCAUAUGCUCCAAAUACCACUGAAGAAAGUUUACAGUUAAUCGAAAAUAUAAUGCCAUUAUUACAACAUGAAAAUUCGUCAGUCGUUUUAAAUUCAAUCAAAGUAAUUAUUUUUUAUAGUAAUUAUGUUUCCAAACCAGAAUUAAUAAUACCCACAUUACCAAAAAGAUUAGGAUCAUCUUUAGUUUCAUUAUUAUCAAAACCAUCAGAGAUACAAUUUUUAGUUUUGAGAAAUGUUAUUUUAUUAUUACUAGGACAAAAAAAAUUAGUUAGCUUUGAAGUUGAAAUGUUUUUCUGUAAAUAUGAUGAUCCAAUUUAUGUUAAAGAUACAAAAUUAGAAAUCAUUUAUUUAUUAGCUAAUGAAUUCAACGUUGAAAUCGUUUUGAGAGAAUUAGAAGAAUACGCAACAGAAGUUGAUGUUGCAAUGGCAAGAAAAGCAAUUAGAGCCUUUGGUAAUUUGGCAAUAAAAAUUAAUAACGCUGCUAAUAAAUGUGUUGAUGUUCUAUGUGAUUUGAUUUCAAAUGGUAUUGCUUAUAUUGUGGAAGAAUCAACAAUUGUUAUUAAAAACAUUUUAAGAAAAUAUCCCGGUAAAUUCAAUUUUGCAGUAGAAGAAUUAGUUAGACACUAUAAGGUUAUUAAUGAACCAGAUGCUAAAACUGCAAUGAUAUGGAUCUUGGGUCAAUAUUGUCAAUUAAUACCAGUAACAAAUAUCAUUUUAGAAGAAUUUAUUCAAAGUUUUAAAGAUGAUCCAGUUGAAGUUCAAUAUGCUACAUUAACUUCAGUUAUUAAAUACUACCUACAUGAUCCAGUUAAAGGUCAACCUAUUGUUAUUAAAGUUUUGAAAUGGGCAACUGAAGACAUUGAUAAUCCUGAUAUAAGAGAUCGUGGUUAUUUUUAUUGGAGAUUAAUUUCAAGUGAUGAAAUUUCAAAUUUGGGUAAUUUUCAAUCAAUAACAAAAGAAAUCAUCAUUAAUAAUAACCCAAUCAUAUCUGCUGAUAAUGAUAACAUCGACCCAAAUAUCUUAAUCGAGUUAGAAUUAAAUAUCGGUACGCUUGCUUCAAUUUAUCUAAAACCAGUUCAACAAGUUUUCCGUUUAGCAAAACAUAAAAAAUUACCGAAAACAAAUGCAUUACAAGAGAGAUCAUUACCUUCCUUAAAUGAUGAUCCUCAAUAUUCAAAUUCAAAUUCAAAUUCAAAUUCAAAUUCAAAUUCAAAUUCAAAUCCAAGUUCAACUCCUACUUCAAACCAUAACUCAAUGUCUACAUUCCAUCCUCAACCUCCUAGACGACAUUCGACUAUGGAUCGUAACUCAAGACUCAUUAGUCAAGGUUCCUUCGACGAUGAAUUUUCGUCUAAUGACGAAUCAGCAGCUAGGAAAAACAGUUUUGCUAAAAGACUCUCUAGAAAAGCCUCUAUAAUUACUGGCCGUAAAAACUCUAAACAUUAA